AUGCUGUUAGUGAUCAUGGGAGUCCCAAGUCUUGCAUAUGUGGCUGCCUUCAGUUCAGUCGCUGAAAAUGAGGAUGCACUCCUCAAGCACUUAUUUCAAGGCUAUCAGAAAUGGGUCCGCCCCGUGGAAAACUCCAACGACACCAUCAAAGUCCUUUUUGGAUUAAAGAUAUCACAGCUUGUGGAUGUGGAUGAGAAGAAUCAGCUGAUGACAACCAACGUGUGGCUGAAACAGGAAUGGAUUGACCACAAGCUCUCCUGGAAUCCGGAGGAAUAUGGUGGGAUCACCGCUAUCCGUGUCCCCUCUGAGUCUCUGUGGCUUCCUGACAUUGUUUUGUUUGAAAAUGCUGACGGACGUUUUGAAGGAUCCCUGAUGACCAAAGCCAUAGUGAAGUACAAUGGAGUGGUGACCUGGACACCACCGGCCAGUUAUAAGAGCUCCUGCACAAUGGAUGUGACCUUCUUCCCCUUCGACAGGCAGAACUGCUCCAUGAAGUUUGGGUCAUGGACAUAUGAUGGCAAUAUGGUGGACUUGAUUUUAGUGGAUGAAAAUGUAGACAGGAAAGACUUCUUUGAUAAUGGGGAGUGGGAGAUCUUAAACGCCAAAGGAAUGAAAGGCAACAGGAAGGAUGGGCUGUACUCUUACCCAUUUGUCACGUACUCCUUUGUGUUGAGACGCCUUCCGCUCUUUUACACUCUUUUCUUAAUAAUCCCUUGCCUGGGAUUGUCUUUUCUAACUGUCCUGGUAUUUUACCUGCCUUCAGAUGAAGGGGAAAAGCUUUCAUUGUCUACAUCAGUACUAGUCUCCCUCACUGUUUUCCUUUUAGUGAUUGAGGAAAUAAUCCCUUCUUCUUCCAAAGUCAUCCCUCUGAUUGGUGAGUAUCUGCUCUUCAUCAUGAUUUUUGUGACCCUCUCUAUCAUCGUGACUGUGUUUGUUAUCAACGUACACCACCUCCAACGCUCUUCAGCAACUUACCAUCCCAUGGCUCCCUGGGUUAAAAGACUCUUCCUCCAGAAGUUGCCUCGGCUGCUCUGCAUGAAGGGCCAUGUAGAUCGUUACUCCUUCUCAGAGACUGAAGAAAAGGGAACCACCUUGAAAUCAAAGUUCCUGGGGAAGCAGAAAUACAAGCAAGCAAAAGAUGGAGAGAAAAUUGUUAUUGCCUUUCUGGAAAAGGCAGCUGACUCCAUUCGGUACAUUUCCAGGCACGUUAAGAAGGAGCAUUUCAUCAGACAGGUUGUACAAGACUGGAAAUUUGUAGCCCAAGUCCUGGAUCGGAUCUUCCUGUGGUUAUUUCUGGUGGUAUCAGUGACGGGUUCAGUUCUAAUCUUUACCCCUGCAUUACGGAUGUGGCUGAACAACACCUCAUAG